AUGGCAAUCUACGGCGCCGUCCCUCCUCCGGAAGACGUCGACCACCCGGUCGCCGCACACACCGACGUCCCGCCGCCGCAAUCCCAGACCCCGGUCGCCGCCUACCUCGCCGCCCAGAACGCGACGACGACGACGACGACGACGACGGCCCCCAUCGACAUCGAGGCAUGGACCGUCUCCGCCCUUGAGUCCCUCAGCGUCAGCCCCGUCGCUCGCGGCACCGGCGGGCCGCUGCUAGCCAUCAACCUCGACCAACAACAGAUCAAGAAGGCCGCAAUCGCCGCCGCCGACAACGCGCCGCCCGCUCAAAACCCUCCGAUCCGUCGGCCGCUGAGCCGGAGGGACAGCCAGAAAAAGAGGGACGCGCUGCUGAAGGGCAGUGAGGGCAGCCGGCAGCGUCGGCGAUGGGAAAACGACCGUCUCGUCGGCGUCCCCAACGCCCAGCCCCCCCUCCCUAGCGACUGGGAAGUCCGUCCCACCUACCCGGUCCAGGUCGUCCCCUACCAGGUCGCCCAGUUCUGGGACACUGGCCUCCGCCAGCGCAUCGAGGACAAGACCUCCCGGCUGCAGGCCCAGCGCAAGAAGCAGCAGCGCAAAGACGGCUCUGCCACCGGCCUCGGCGUCGGCGAGUGGAGCACGGCCAGCGACGCCGAGGGCGACAGCGAGGAUGAGGAGAUUGUCUUUGUCGGCCGUCGCCAGGGCACGGCGGCCACCGGCGGCGGCGUCGGGUGGAAGAAGGCCCGCAGGGAAGUGGGCAGCGAGCCGGUCGACACCGGCAUGGUCUUUGACACGCUCGGCGCCGACGACGAGAGCGCCUCCUUCAAGCGAUGGCUGACGCACUCCAUCUCGGACUACUACGGCCUCCAGUCCCACUCCGUCACGACGGGCGAGCCUGCGCGCAAGGUCGUCUACGUCACGGUGCGCGACCCCGAUACCUCCCGCGCGGGGCCGAAGAAGCGUACGGGCCUGCCGCGGCCACUGUGGGAGAUGUGCUGA